GUGCUGUAUGAUGAAGGACCCCUGUAUGUCUUCUCGCCAACAGAGGAUUUACGAACCCGCUGGAUUCACCAGCUGAAAAAAGCAAUCCGCUACAACAGCAACCUGGUGCAGAAAUACCACCCUUGCUUCUGGACUGACGGCCAGUACCUCUGCUGCUCUCAAACAGCCAAGCUCGCCAUGGGCUGCAAAAUCGUGGAGAGCCGAACUGGAAGUUUCAGAAAUACCCGUUCUCACCACAAAGUAGAUAAGCCUCUGCCACCGACUCCAGAGGAGGACCAGAUGAUGAGCAAGCCGCUGCCCCCUGAGCCAGGCACCAACUCCCCAUCCAAGAUGAAGAAGGUCGUAGCACUCUAUGAUUACACCCCGAUGAAUGAACAGGACUUGCAGCUGCAGAAAGGUGAAGAGUACCUUAUAUUGGAAGAGAGCAAUGACUUGUGGUGGAGAGCCCAGAGCCAAAACGGGGAUGAAGGUUAUAUCCCUAGCAAUUAUGUCACCGAAGCAGCAGAUUCCCUGGAGAUGUUUGAGUGGUAUUUGAAAAAUGUGACCCGAAGGCAGGCAGAGCAGUUGCUGAAGAAAGAGGGCAAGGAUGGAGGUUUCAUUGUCCGGGAUUCUGUGAGCAAGACUGGAAAAUACACAGUCUCUGUUUUUGCAAAAGCAGCAGGGGAGCCCCAGGGGACAAUCCGCCAUUCCGGCUGAUCUAUUUCCACGCCCCAUUGGACAGAGUAUUUCCUGGCCGGGAAGCACUACCCAAAGUACCAUCCCUGUUGUGAAUUGCUUAUCGAAUCUUUUAAACUCAAUG